CCUUGGCCACCGUGCCAGGGAGCAAAGAGACGGGGGCGUCCCGUUUCGCCGCCGCCGAUGUUUUGGCGUGUCUUCAUUUGCUCGUUCUCGGAGCGGGGAGUUUUUCUUUCUCGCCUCCUUCCUGCCCGGCUCUGCAGCCACCGCGCACCUACGAGCAGCCGCUGGGCUUCCCGGAGCGCCGCGCUCCGAUCUCGCUUCGGCCGGGGCGGCGUCUGACAUCUCCCGGCGGGCGCUCUACCUGUCUGUCCCCCUCCUCGCAAGAGAAGCUGUUUUCGGUGACUUCAGAAGACCGUGGGGCAGGAUGGACUCCUUAGCUGGUAUGUGCUUGCUCCUGACUCUCUGUAGGCUUGACUUCUCCCAGGGCGUUAACCCCUUUGCCAUGCAGCAGAUUCCACCGGAUCCUUGCUACGACGAGAAAGGGGCGCCCCGCCGUUGCAUCCCAGAGUUUGUCAACGCCGCCUUUGGAAAGGACGUUCAGGCCUCCAGCACGUGCGGGAAGCCAGCCACCCGCCACUGUGAUUCUUCAGACCCCCGCAGAGCUCACCCAGCAUCCUAUCUCACUGACCUCAACACCGCGGCCAAUAUGACUUGCUGGCGUUCAGAGACUUUGCACCACUCACCCCAGAACGUCAGCCUCACGCUCUCCCUGGCCAAGAAGUUCGAGGUCAUCUACGUCAGCCUACAGUUCUGCUCGCCCCGUCCAGAAUCAGCUGCUGUUUUCAAGUCCAUGGAUUAUGGCAAAAGCUGGGUGCCUUAUCAAUACUAUUCCUCCCAAUGCCGGAAGAUCUAUGGGAAGCCCAACAAGGCCACAGUGACCAAACAGAAUGAACAGGAGGCGCUGUGUACGGAUGGCCAUACUGACCUCUACCCGUUGACCGGAGGACUUAUCGCCUUCAGCACUCUGGACGGGCGUCCUUCAGCGCAAGAUUUUGACAACAGCCCUGUUCUUCAGGACUGGGUGACAGCCACUGAUAUUCGAGUCAUUUUCAGCCGUCCUCAUCAUUUCCGGGAACUAGGGGGUCGGGACCAUGAGGAUGAGGAUGGUGGGGGAAGCUCAUCUUCGUAUUACUAUGCAGUGGGGGAAUUCCAGGUUGGAGGACGCUGCAAAUGCAAUGGACAUGCCUCACGCUGUGUGAAGGACAAGGAGGGCAAGCUGGUGUGCGACUGCAAGCACAACACCGAAGGGCCGGAGUGUGACCGCUGCAAACCUUUCCAUUAUGAUCGUCCUUGGCAGAGGGCCACAGCCAGGGAGGCCAAUGAAUGUUUAGCCUGUAACUGCAAUCUUCAUGCCCGCCGUUGCCGUUUCAACAUGGAGCUCUACAAACUGUCCGGGCGGAAGAGCGGUGGCGUCUGCCUCAACUGUCGGCACAAUACGGCUGGACGGCACUGCCAUUACUGCAAAGAGGGCUUCUACCGCGACGUGAACAAAGCAAUCACUGAUCGCAAGGCCUGCCGAG